AUGAAACCACAGGGAAUCACUGAAGAGCAGAUAAAACUCCGAGCUUUUCCAUUCUCCUUGAAAGAUGCAGCCAAGGAUUGGUUGUUCAACUUGCCCGCCGGGAAUGUAACCACGUGGAUGGAUAUGAAGUACAAGUUCCUCGAAAGGUUCUUUCCCGCAUCCCAGGCUGCGAAUUUGCGAAAAGAGAUUUGUGGCAUCAAACAAAUAUCAGGGGAGUCUUCAUAUGAGUAUUGGGAUAGAUUUAAUAAGUUAAUUGCUAGAUGUCCGCAACAUCAGAUUUCUGAGCAACUUCUAAUUCAAUAUUUCUAUGAAGGACUAACUUUGAUUGACAGGAGGAUAAUUGAUGCUUCCAGUGGAGGCGCUUUAAUGAAUAAGACACUGAAAGAAGCUUGGGAAUUGCUUAACGAUAUGGCUAUGAACUCUCAACAAUUUGGGCCAAGGUAUGUCGUGGGAGUGAAAGAAGUUGUUGAGGUAAGUUCUCCUAUGCAACAACAAUUAAAUGAGUUAACUUUUUUUGUGAGAAAACUUGCUGUAGGGAACGCUCAAGUGAAACCAUGUGGGAUUUGUACGAGUGUUGUACAUCCUACGGAUGCUUGUCCUACAUUGACACAAGAGGUGGAAGUGAGUGCUGCAGGUUUUGCACCAAGAAAAGCUUAUGACCUUUAUUCGAAUACAUUCAACCCGGGAUGGCGAGAUCACCCCAACUUUAGUUAUGGGAAUCAACAAUCCUAUGGUCAGCAGCAACCGCCAGGUUUUCAGUCAUAUGGACAACAGCAACCACAAAGGGCCAUGCCUCAAGCCUCCAUGCCUGGUAACUCUUUAUAUGACAUGGUGAAAUCAAUUGCGCCUAAUUUUUUGCAAUUUCAGCAAGAGACAAGAACGAGUAUUAAAAAUUUGGAAGAUCAAAUGUCUCAAGUUAAGAAAGAGAGGGAGAAAUGCAAGCUACCGGCUCAAACCCACAUGAACCCGAGUAAUGUUAGUUCAAUGGUCUUGCGAAGUGGUAAGGAGCUAAAAGGUCCGAAGGUUAUUACACAAAAAAAGAAAGCUGGAGAGGAGAUUAAGAAGGAGAUUGAUCAAGAAGCGAACAAGUCAACUGGUCAGGUGAAUUCUAAACCUCCUAUUCAAUCAAAUGAUAAUGUUGCUUCAUUUCCUCACAGGUUAGCAAAACCGGCUAAAAGCGAUAAAGACACGGAGAUCAUGGAGAUGUUUAAGAAAGUGGAGCUAAGCAUUCAUUUGCUUGACCCAAUUAAGCAAGUCCGCCGGUAUGCGAAUUUUUGA